AACAUAUAUCACCAUGGACUUUGAAUUAGAACCAACUUUGGAGUCAAUAAUCAACCAGGAUACCCUCAAAUGGGUGUUUGUCGGUGGUAAAGGUGGUGUUGGUAAAACCACCACCUCAUCUUCCGUCGCCGUCCAGUUGGCACUCAAGUACCCACAAGAUCAGUUCUUAUUAAUUUCUACCGAUCCUGCUCAUAACUUGUCCGAUGCCUUCUGCCAAAAGUUUAACAAGAAUGCCACCCCAGUAGAAGGGUUACCCAACUUGUCGUGUAUGGAAAUCGACCCCGAAGCUGCCAUGUCGGACUUACAACAACAAGCAGCUCAAUAUAAUAAUGAUCCUAAUGAUCCAUUGAAGUCUAUGAUGAGUGACUUGACUGGUUCUAUCCCUGGAAUCGAUGAGGCUUUGUCGUUCAUGGAGGUUUUGAAACACAUCAAGAACCAGAAGGAAAACGCCGAAUCGCCUGAUUCCAACACCAUUAGCUACAAGACAAUUAUAUUCGAUACAGCUCCCACCGGCCACACCUUACGGUUUCUUCAAUUACCUGCCACGUUGGAGAAGUUGUUGGGUAAGUUCCAGGAUUUAAGUGGUAAGUUAGGUCCCAUGAUGAGCAUGUUGGGUGCUGGCCAGCAACAGGAUGUGUUUGGCAAAUUGAAUGAAUUGCAGAAAAAUGUCAGUGAGGUGAACGAACAGUUUACCAACGCCGAUUUGACCACAUUUGUGUGUGUGUGUAUUUCUGAGUUCUUGUCUUUAUAUGAAACGGAAAGAAUGAUUCAAGAAUUAAUGAGCUACAACAUGGACGUUAAUUCGAUUGUGGUGAACCAAUUGUUAUUUGCUGAAGAUGAUGAAAAUUGUAAACGGUGCCAGUCGAGAUGGAAAAUGCAAAAGAAGUACUUGGAUCAGAUGUCCGAAUUGUAUGAAGACUAUCACUUAGUCAAAAUGCCAUUAUUGGGAACGGAAAUCAGAGGGGUUGAAAACUUAAAACGGUUCUCUAAGUACUUAUUGACUCCUUAUGACCCUAAAGCUGAUGGUCACUUGGUGUACGACAUCGAAGAGCAGUAAUCUUAUAUAGCGUAUAUGUUUAUGCCACACACGACCGCACCACC